UGGAUAUCACUGUGCUGGAGACGGUGUCGCCAUGAAGAGCUCCACCUCCAGAUGGGCCUUCUCCCUGGGCUUCUUGGUGGGGGCCUGUAGCAUCUACUUCUUCCUGCGCCAGGUGUGGUUUGAGAGGAGCUACCCCGUGCUGUCAGAGGCUCAGGAAAAAGCCACAGCGGUGGAGGAGGUCCCGACCAGCUGGAAGAAAGAGGGAGCUGCUCUCAUCAACCUGCUCCACCCUCACCAUGCAGAUGAGGACAGUCGGGUGGCAGAUGUGUUGUACCAGAAGGUACGUGUUCUCUGUUGGGUGAUGACAGGGCCAUAUAACUUGCAGAGCAGAGCCCGCCAUGUCAGGGCCACUUGGAGUCGUCACUGCAACGUGGUGGUGUUCAUGAGCUCCGUGGAGGACCCAGACUUCCCCACUGUGGGCCUGGGCACUAAGGAGGGCCGUGACCAGCUCUACUGGAAGACCAUUCGAGCCUUCCAUUAUGUCUACGAGCACCAUGCAAAUGAAGCGGAUUGGUUCUUAAAAGCAGACGACGACACCUACGUGGUGGUGGACAACCUGCGCUGGAUUCUGUCCAACCACACCCCUGAAGAGCCCAUCUACUUUGGCAAACGCUUCAAGCCUUACACCAAGCAAGGCUACAUGAGUGGAGGGGCAGGCUAUGUGCUUAGCAAAGAGGCCCUCAAAAGAUUUGUGGAAGGCUUUCGGACCAAAGUUUGCACACACACCACCCCUGUAGAGGACUUAGCACUGGGGCAGUGUUUGGAGAAGAUGGGUGUUGUGGCGGGGGACUCUAGAGAUACUUUGCAUCGAGAAACCUUCCACCCAUUUGUGCCAGAGCACCAUCUAACUGGCAAGUUCUCCAAGAGCUUCUGGUACUGGAGCUAUUGUUACUACCCUAUUGUUGAGGGUCCACAGUGCUGCUCUGACCUGGCAGUAUCUUUCCAUUAUGUAGAAGCAGAGCUGAUGUACACACUGGAGUACUACACCUAUCACCUGAGAGCGUAUGGCUACAGGCCACGCUACCGGCCCCGCUUGCGCCAGAGUCUGAGCCUCGGCCCACUCUCUCAGACAGUCGUGACGGCGAAGUUUAAAGGGGUGCAAGAGGUGACAGAUGGAAGGAUUCACACAACUUCAGCCUUCUUUGUUAGUGGAAACCAAACUAAAGCAGAGACGGAGUCAGAGAAAGGGGGGAAAGACGAUCUAAACUCUGGUGUCACUGAGAACAGGACUGCAGUUACACAAGGCAGGCACCGCUGAUUCUGUGUUUUAGCUGGUUUUGUCUGUGCAUGACUAUGCCAGAGAGCUGUAUUAACCAGUAUGUUGGCCUACUAAUGUUUUUCUUCUGACAGGGCUUCCUUAAUCUGAUCACAGUAUAUUCUAGUCAGUAUGACAAUGUAAGAGCUCAGUGUGAGUGGGUAAAAUCUCAAUAAUUCAGUGGCAGCUCUUUAUGGUUAUCUUUUAACCACGAUAAGCAAUUAGUUUAGAUUAUUUACAUUGAACAUAAUCAUUUAAAGCAGCAUUUUAAUGUCACAGUCACAUAUGUAUGCUUGGAAUGAUGCAAGAGGCACAUAGAAUAUAAUUUUAAUGUGUUUUACAAGUACUUGAUCGAAGCCAAUAAUACAGUAGCAGAUGUAUUGAAAGAUUUUUUUAACAUUUUUAAUUCUGUUUUUAUUUUUCUUGAAAUGGAGAGCAGCAACACAUGACAGUGUUUGUCACAACUUAAGCUUCUUUUAUUUAUGGCCUCUUUGCUUUUCUGGUGUUAAAUCUGAUUUUGAUGGUUUUUCUUUUCUGUUCCAUUUUAAUUAUUUAAAAAAAAAUUGGCUUUCUGAAACAAAAUGCAAAAUGACUUUGGAAUUACUUUUUUGUUUUUUUUAAUUUCCCUUUGAAUCCUUUGCAUUUAAAUAGUUAAUGCAGACUCUAAAUCCACAGCCAGCAGUGAUAUGAUUUUCGUUUCUGUAAGAAAAGAAACAACUGUGCUGUGAAAAUGUAUUUUCUUUUUACCUUUUGAUUGAUGUUAGAUGCUCUGAGAAGUGCGUACUUGAAACCCCCUGUGCUUCUGUGUGAGAUCGCUGUAGCUUUUGAUGAACACAGUAUUAUACAAAACUCCAAUGAAUCCCUCUUGCCAAGUCAUUUUAUGUAAUGUAAAGUAAACAGUAAACAUUA